AUGGACAAACAAUUAAUAUUUGCAGAAUGUAUUCGUAUCCUCUAAAUAACACCAUUGCGUAGAAGUCCUGAAGAAUUGAAUCUGCUAUUAAAUUUUGCAAGGACUAUCACAUUUUUCAGAGAAUUAGGAGAACAAUCAGUUGAGAUGCUGCAACGAUGCAUUUUUGUUCUCUCUUAUAGGACAAUAAAGGGCGGAGAGGUAUGAUUGUGGGUUCUCCACUCCCUCUAGGUACUCUUCAGAGUGGGCGAUUCAGGAAGUUUGUUUUACGUGAUCCUACGAGGUUCGGUAAGUGUCAACAUCAGAUUGCCAAAUCCUGAAGAUCCUCAAUAAUUUGAAUUGAAAGAAGUAAACACACUACGAGCAGGGAUAGGUUUUGGAGAGUUGGCAUUGAUAAAUGACUCUAAAAGAACAGCUACCAUAAUUGCUAAGGAAGAUUGUGUAUUUGCAGUAAUGGAAAAACAUCAUUACAAAUCAAUAUUAGGUGCUUAGGAGAUGGCAAAGAUAUAGAAUAAGAUCUCCUUCUUAUGUUCAUUUCCUUUCUUCAAUUCUUGGUCUUUCAGAGAGAUCAAAACAAUAAGCUACCAUUUUGAACCUGUCUCUGUAACUUUGAAUCAAGCAAUAAUUAAGUAGAAUGAAUAUUGCAAUCAUUUCUAUGUUGUUAGGGAAGGAGAGUUUUAAGUACAAUUCAUCCAUAAAAAUAAGUUAUUUUGUAUGUAUUAAUUCACUAGUGUUAUUUUUAUAGUUGCACUCUAGGUCCUGGUGAAUCUUUUGGAGAGGAAGCAUUUCUUAAUAAAGAUGGUCAAUUCUUAAUAAAGUCUUCUAUUUUUAUCUAAUGGGCCAAGACUAAGUACAACAUAGUAUGUAAAAGUGAAACAGGAAUAGCAUAUAAAAUAACUAGAGAAGAUAUAUAAAAGUAAAUCUAUAUAUUUAGAUAGAGACGAUUCUGGGAUAGCAAAACCUAGAUUGUUUUUUUGUAAUUAUUGUCUUCAAUUCAUCAUUUCAGAACUCUAAAGGCAGAAUAAUUAAUUAAGGAAUAUGAGGAGAAGAGACAAAAAGAAGAAGAAGAAAUGAAAUUCAUUCAUCCAGGAGUAAAGAGGAGUUUUGUUUAGAAAUAUAAUUUAUUAUCUUAAAGAAAUACAAGCAGUGAGAUAGAGAAGGAUGAAUAAUAUGAUCAAUUCAAAUUAUAAGAGAAAUAAGCUAUUGUAUAAUUCACUAAAUUGAUGAAAGAUAGAAAUUGUUCUUAUGCUCAAGUAAGAACUUUUUUUGAUCAACGCAAAUUCAAAUCUUAAAAUUACUUUAAUAAAAGAUUCUAUCAUAGAUAAUUCUUUAGAUUUUCUAAUAAAAUUGAUGAAAAAAUAACACAUGAUCAUGAUCAUAAUAAAGUUAAGACUGAUCAUGAAAUAGAUGGAUUACUUACUUAUUGUACAAAUCAGUAGAAUUUAGGAUGUAAUAAUAACAAUUCUAAUCACUAUCCUCUUACCUAAGUAUUAAGCAGUCCAACUACUGUAGAUAAAUUCAUCAAGAGAAUCAAAAAUAAAGUAUAGAUACAAAUGAAAAAUGAGGAAAAUAAUACGUUUUUUAACAUUCGUACUCAUAGUCCAACUUCACAUAGAAGUAUAAAUAGUAGAAGAUUGAAAACUUAUGUUGAUUGA